CCUAUAUAUGUUACGGGCCGAUUUAAUCGGCCAUGAAUCUGCCGCCGGGAUGCUUCGGCCGACUAGAUCGGCCCUGUUUUUGAUUGACAGCUGCUCCGUAAUGGGCGGUGCUAGGUACAUGAAAACUUGUCUGUGAUUGGCUUACACAUCGACCAUUUAAUAAAUAACAACUAUAAUAUCGUAGCUCCACCAACCAAUCAGAUAUUUUGUUUCAUUUUGACACGAAAAGGUUGUGUUUUGAUCGAUCAGCUGAGCGUAGUUUGCGUUGUUGUUGUUGUGCAAUUGUACACGUGUGGUGAUAUUUUGGUCGUGUUGUGCGUGGUCGGCGAGGCGACAGUUGAGUGAAAAUGAGUGAUAUUCCUUCGACAUCUCGCGGUCCUGGUCGACCAGGAUUGUUUGAAACUUUUCUAGCAGACAAUGAAAGUACAGAAGGAUCAGAUAUGGACAUCGACCCGAGCGAAAGUAGCUACGAGUACGACAUUCCGUCAGAUCCAUUUGCGAGUUCGGACAGUGAAACUGAAAACAGUGCAGGGACACCGCGGGCUGCGAAACGGCGACGGGUUGCUGAGCAGGAAGCAGCCGCCCAGCCCCGGCAGGAUGAUAACGGGAAUCCUGAUUGGAUUCCAGUGCAGCCACCCGAGCCAGAGGCCGACCCAGGAAGUAGGGCAUCGUUUCUGCCGAGGAAUGUGGGGCCAAGGAAUGCACCUCCUAGAAAUAGCCAGCCAAUUUCAUACAUAGAGCUGUUCCUCGACCAAGAACUUUUGGUUCACAUGGUACGUGAAACCAAUCGAUAUGCGAACGCUUUCCUGACAGAUGAUGCAGUCAUAGAAUGGAUAAGGGAGCACCCUAAUUCUAGAUUCAAAAAGUGGCCCUCAAAUGGAAUCAGUGUGGUGUUACUCAAAAAGUACUUGGGGCUUAGCAUCAAUAUGGGACUCGUUCAAAAGAAGCGUCUUACCAGCUACUGGUCGACACAACCGAGCCAGGCCACCCCGUACUUCAAUGCUGUGAUGCCCUUCUGGCUGUUUUCUUUGAUAAACCGCAUGAUUCAUGUGAACGAUAAUACAACUGAAGUUCCAAGAGGUGCGGAUGGAUUUGACCCCUGGCACAAAGUGCGACCCAUCCUCGAUCGAUUCAACGAUUCGUUCAAGCGUCACUAUGUACCAUCAGAGAAUGUAAGCAUAGAUGAAUCCAUGAUAGGAAUGAAGAACAGGAUUGUCUACAUUCAGUAUAUGCCGAACAAAAGACAUGCCAGGUUUGGCAUAAAGAAAUUUGAAUUGUGCGACUCGAAUGGCUACGUGUAUCACAUGGAACUAUAUGCUGGGAAAGAUUUCGACAUUCGGCAUGAUGAGGGCCAAGCGCACGGAGUCGUCAUGACUCUCAUGAGCAAGAGUCAUCUCCUGAACAAGGGGUAUCAUUUGUAUACCGACAACUUUUAUACGAAGCCACACCUCGCAGAAGUAUUGUUUCAGAAUGAUACAUAUCUUACAGGUACAGUACGAGCAAACUCACGGGGCAUGCCGGCUGAAAUCACCAAGGCAAAACUCAAAGUUGGUGAGACUACGUAUCGUCGCAAGGGGGACAUUCUCGCUGUGGCUUUUCGUGAAAAGCAGUCCCAAAAAAAGCCAGUCAUCCUCCUUAGCACUCGGUUCCCCGCAGAAAAUGUGACAAAGGAGAAGAGGGGGAAGGAGGUGACCAAGCCUGUUAUGGUCUCUCAUUACAACCAGUUCAUGGGCGGUGUAGAUGUGAGUGACAAAAAAGUUUGUCAUGUUGCAGCCGAGCGAGCUACCCAUCGCUACUGGGUAAAGGUUUUUCGGCACCUCAUUGAUAUUGCUCUCCUGAAUGCGUACGAGAUCUACCUUCUCAAUACAGAUGGUCGUAAGCUCAGCAGACACGAUUUCUUGGUAUCAGUUGUCGAGACUCUCUGCACUGCCACUGACGAAGUACCACGCCAGGCCACACCACAGCAUCACCUGGUGCUUCUGCCAGGACGAAAAGAAAUGGACUGCACCAUCUGUAGUGAUCGUAAAGGAGGCAAAAGACGUAGGUCCCGCCACUGGUGCCCAGCCUGCAGUGUUGGCUGCCAUGAAAAGUGUGCAGCACGCCUGGACCAUACCCAGGGGUCAGCCCGCCGUGGUGUGAAGCGCAGGGUAACUGAUCAGGAUCAAGAAGACUCGGAUUGAACUGUGAACUAAAUUACUAAAGAACAUUGAUGUGGGACUGAUGACAAGCACAGCUACACAUAUAAUUUGCUUUUUAGUUCUUACAUGUCAUUGAUCUUUUAUCAUACUUACCUCCAUGUAUGUAUCUAGUAGUAUUAUUUAUUUUUUUUACACAUUAGCUAUAAUAAUUUUGAGAGGUUUUGUAAAGUAUAGCCAACUCUACCAAAAUCGCAUAAAUUGAAUAUCACCAAAGUCUGAGAUCGAUACCAAUCAUCUUUCCUUUAUUUUCUAUUUUUUGCCUCACAUAAGUCAAAUUUAUGUCAUCUUUCCCAAGAUAUUCAACUAAGGCUGAGUUGAAUGUAGUACAAAGAAACCCCAUUAUAACGAGGUCAGUGGGACUGCCAAAUUUCACGACAUGUAUAUCCAAGCUCGUUAUAACAGGGUUUCACUGUACUUGAAUAUUAUACAGGCCAUAAUCAAGUCUAUUACUUGUUCAUAUUGCUUGCCAUGUAACUUUAUUUGUCAACAAGGUGCUUUAGAAAUAUUUUAUUAUUUAUCUAAAGAGAUUUGUGUGUGAAUUACAUCAUUCAGGUGACAUGCUGGGGUUUAUUUGUCUGCAAAGUGCUAUAGAAAUAGUUUAUUAUUUAUAUCUAAAGAGAUUUGUGUGUGAAUUACAUCGUUCAAGUAAUGUACUGGGGUUCUUCCCAGACUACCAAAGUUCAUAUUUCUUGUAAAAAAAAUUGCCAAAAAAUCUUGUGCAACUCCUGCUGAAACAACCUGUGCUCAGGUGAUGUCAUUUGUUUGUUUGAAACAUGUAUUGGUGUUUUGAAGCCUUGAACCUUUUUUUUGUGUGUAAAGUCUCAAAAGUUAUCCUUGUAAACACAGCGGAACCUCGUUAUAUCAGGGUUGAAAAAAAUAAAUAAGUACAGCGGUGGGAUCAGAAGUCAUGGUAAGAGAGUGUUUUUUUAUAUCUAGCCCUUUAUGAAAAGGUUCUACUGUACUGAGUUUGAAGACAGUAAAUCACUCGUGUUUAUCAUGUAACUCGGGCAUAAUUUAUUUACCUUUUUUACUUCGACAAAUUCUUACAGCAUGUUAUGCAUAUUUUUCCUGUUAGUGCCAAAUUACCUGAGAUUACUUUUGUACAUAUUGUAUAUACUUGUAUGUGCUUGAUGUUUAGAAAGCAAUAUUGUUUGUAUGGUACAGUGAACUUGUUCCAUUCUUUGUUUUUCUCAGUGGUUUACAAAUGGCCAAGAAACAAAAAUAUGGGUCUAUAAUUCUAUCACAUAUUUUAUUUAUAAUUUUAUAUUUUUAUUAUUUUAUCUUUUUCAUAGUUUGUAUUUCAAAGUUAUACAAAUCAUGCAUCCAAUAUGUGUGUUCCUGGGAAUAGUCUCUCUCUCUCUCUCAAUGCACCAUAAAACUGAAAUUGUACCUGUAAGGUUUCUCUCAAGAUCUUUCAUUCACUGUACUGCGUUACAUUCCAUACAGCUGAGAACAACAACAAACAGCAAACAUGUGUUCUAGGGUUUUUUGUAUUUAUUUCACAUCAUAUUGCUGCAAUUUUUUUUUGCAUAAUUUCAAAGUAAAAGAUAUGUAGUAGAGACUGAUUUUUUUUAGAAAGCUGAUAGAAUGUCUUACAAAUUGGAACCACAUGUAAUUAUACGUCGUUCGACUCUAUGCACAGCGGAGAGCGUUAUAGUAUGUAAUACAUAGUUACGUAACAAUGAGGGCACCCUACCUUAGUGAGUAUUCAAAAAGAUACAGUACUGUACAUCAUAACCUUGAAAAUGUAAUGCCAAAUUAUUCCAAACAGUGUUACUGCCUUCUUUCAACUGAAAAAAUGACAAAGCUGCCAAAAACAUUGUAAUAUGCCUUUUUUAUGAAAAAUUAUAUUUCUACGUACUUGCCUAAUUUUGUUCAUAACUUUGUAAUAAAACAAGAUAUGUGAAAGAAAGUUACAUAUUUGGAAAGCUGAGUAAAUUUCCUACAAAUUGAAUACAAUUAUCUAUGAAUUGCUUUAUUUUUUGUCUGACAAAAUGUGGUGGUAAUGUGCAUGAAUGAUUCUGGAUGAGAGAGUGCAUCCGCCUGUGAGGGCGCUGUUCAUGAAGUGUGAGGGCGCCCUUUAUAAAAAAAAUAUUCCAACAGAUAGAUUUUGUCAUGACCUUCAAAAUGAUAUAUAACUUGCCAUAUUUUAUUCAUUCUUUAGUCACUAAAUAAGGUCAGAAAGGAUCUAUACGUAGUCACUGUAAAAUACCCUGACAUUCAACACUAUUACUAUGUGACACUUAUAGG